AUCUCUGUGUUUUCUUCAAUUUCUAGCAUCUGGGUGUUACAAAGAAAUGGUUUUUUCACUAACAUCAGCCAUGAACUACUCUUCAUUCUGAUUUUUCCUGAUAAAACCCCGAAAAAAAAAAAAGAGUGGGUUUUUCCUGGGUUCUUCACAUCAAGUUACAUUUUUUUUUGUAACCUACUUCGAUUUUAAGUUUCCUCUUUAAGAUGGAGAAGAAUCAACAAAAGCAGAAAUUUCCGGUUGAAGAUUCAGACAAGGACUGUUCUGAAGAUAAAUUUGUGUGGCCAUGGGUUGGUCUUGUAGCCAACAUACCAACGGAGGUUGAACCAUCUGGUCGGAGAGUAGGGAAAAGCGGUUCAACGUUGCGUGACGAGCUGACUGUGAAAGGGUUUAAUCCAACAAGAGUUCAACCCAUUUGGGAUUUCAAGGGUCAUUCUGGUUAUGCUUUGGUUGAAUUCGCUAAAGAUUUUAAAGGAUUUGAAUGCGCCAUGGAGUUUGAAAGGAGUUUUCAGUCAGACCAUCAUGGGAAGAGAGAUUGCGAUAAAGGUAUUCGCUUUAGAGAUGAUCAGCUUUAUGGAUGGGUUGCGAGAGAGGAAGAUUAUAGUCGAAGUGAUAUUGUUGGAAAGAAUGUUAAGAAGAAGAGAGAUCUGAAAAGUAUCUCGCAGCUUCAGGAAGAAGACGAGAGGAAAAUGGUUCACCUCGUUGAGAGCAUGUCUGAGUCCAUUAAGAUGAAGAAGAAAUGUAAGGAAGAGCUUGAGAAGAAAGUUGAUGAGACAACCCGUUGUUUGGAGAGUUUGGAAUUGCAUAACGUUCUUUUGAACAAAACCUACCAAGAAGGGAUUGAGAAGAUGCAAACGAGUAUGCAAGGUUUGUAUGAUCAGAUUCUGGGAGGACAUGAGAAGUCUAUGGCAGAGCUAGAGGCAAAGAGGGAGAUGCUGGAGGAGCGUGCAAAACAGAUCGAGCAACGUGCAUACAUAAACGAAGAAGAGAUGAGAAGAUCCAGACUCGAAAGAGAACUGAAUCAAAAGGCUAUGUGGGAGCAGAAUGAAGCAAAUGAGGAAGCUAUGAAACUUGCAAAAAAGCACCAGAAAGAGAAGGAGAAGCUUCAUCAAAGGAUAAUGGAAAUGGAAGCAAAGCUAAAUAAAACGCAAGAGCUGGAGUUGGAGAUAGAGAAGCUGAAAGGUGCGACCAAUGUAAUGAAGCAUAUGGUGGGGAGUGAUGGAGAUGGAGAUAUUGUGGAGAACAUUGCCAGAACUCAGAUUGAGCUUGAGGCUCGAGAAACAGCUCUCCAUGAGAAAAUGAUGGCUCUGACACAAAAAGAGCGUGCGACCAACGAUGAGUAUCAAGAAGCUCGUAAAGAGAUGAUACAGCUAUGGAAUGCGAAUGAAGAAUUGAUGAAGGGAGAGAAGACAAGAGUGAAAAGAAUGGGGCAAUUAAACCCUGAACCGUUCUUACCUGCUGUGAUGAAGAAAUUUAAAGUUCCAAGAUCAAGAGCAGAGGUUAAGGCUAUGCAGUUGUGUUCAGUGUGGGAAGCAAACAUAGGAGAUGGGCAAUGGAGUCCAUUUAAAAUCGAAGAGUCUGAUGGAACAGCAAAGAGAGUGGUGGAUAAAAACGAUGAGAAGCUUCGUAAGCUGAAGAGCAAGUACGGUGAAGAAGUUCAUAAUGAAGUGGUAAGAGCAAAACUAGAGAUUGAGGAACACAACGCGAGUGGCGGCUAUGUGAUUGUCGAGCUUUGGAACUAUGAGGAAAACCGGAAGGCAACGAUGGGGGAAGUAACAGACGUGAUUUUGAAGAUAAGGUCGAGUCUUGCUGCUAUGAAGAACAAGCGAAAGAGGCCUCUCUUUUUUGUUUAAUCUAUCAGUUUGAAUUAGGUUUGCUACUUUGCUACUACUAUAAAACUGUGCUUGGUUUUCAAACUUGUUGAACCGAAUUGGGUUUGU